AUGCAGACCUACACUACUGAAUCUUCGGGAUCGGCUGCCCUUAAGCAGCAUCCACCGUACAAGGAUGAUAUUGAUGAUGACGACGUACCAGGGAUCAAAAAGCAAGAUGUGGAGACAACUUUUGCACAAAAUUAUGGGUUGGGCGAUAUUCAUCACGGAACGUAUGGUACCUUAAUGACUGCACUUGGCAAUGUCAUUGGCUUGAUGGGAUCGAUACCAUGCUGUGUUUGUUGUCCCAAUCCUUUUAAACGAGUACAUCAAGGUACCGUAGGUCUUGUGUCACGCUUUGGAAAAUGUUAUCGUAUUGUGGAUCCUGGACUUGUGCAGGUCAACCCUGUCACUGAAAGCCUUAAGCGAGUGGAUGUUACCAUUCAAAUCACUGAUGUACCAAAGCAAGAAGUCAUGACUAAAGACAACUGCUCCAUAAAACUAAAAUCAGUAUUGUAUUGGCGUGUUGUGGCACCCUAUGAAGCUGAAUUCGGUGUUGCCAAUGUGUCCAUGGCAUUGAUUGAGAGAGCUCGUACUGUUUUACGCAACGUAUGUGGGCAGCAUUCAUUACAAGAUCUUAUUGAGAAUCGUGAUGCUGUCUCACGUGAGAUACAAAAGACAAUCAACCCUGCAGCAUUGAAUUGGGGUGUCGAGAUUGAAGCUACGCUUGUGAAGGAUAUUGACAUUUCAGAAGAGUUGCAAGAAUCAUUGUCAUCAGCAGCUCAAGCUAAACGUAUUGGUGAAUCACGUGUUAUUACAUCUGAAGCAGAAGUGGAGUCUGCCAAAUUGAUGCGCGAAGCUGCAGAUAUCCUUAGCACACCUGCAGCCAUGCAGAUCCGGUAUUUGGAAACACUUUCAACAAUGAGUCGAGCUGGACAUGGACCCAAGACCAUUUUUAUGCCAUUGAAUCACAAUCGCAUUGAUAAUGACAUCACAUAA